AUGCGAAUUCGACCAAAUCGUGGCGAUCGUUUGGUAGAAGGACGAACUGCUUGUUCAUGCGCUCAUACAGUACCGGUAAACUGUCAUGAUCGACUCGGUGAAACUCGACAUCCUGCCAACAUUUCAAUGAAGACUUACAGCGUGUGCUACAUGAGCGCUCUACAAGCUCCACCUCGUCCACUGGGCGUCAAUGAAGGAAAGUCGGUGAUUUUCACCAUUGAACCAUUCUGGCUUGAACCAUAUUGGCGAGAAUUGGUAUUCGAAAAUCUCACUUUCCACUACGAUUUCACUGUCAAGGCUCCAGAACACUGUGAUGGCUCUGUCGUGACGUCAGCUGAUGGUCAACAUCUCUGCAAUAACUUUAUCGCUCUGAAUAUUACCGUCGGUGGUGUAGUUGCCGACGAGGAGCCUGAAGACGAAGACUAUGAGCACAGUGAGAACUACGAUCAAUACGAUGAUGAUUUGCCAGAAGAGGUGGAAAUCGAUCGCGAUAUUUUUGCGGGAGCUUCAGAGGUACAAGUGUACUAUCUGGUUGACGUUAAUCGACCACGGCAGCUAGAGGUCAAGGGUGGCGCUUCUUCUGUUCGCGACACGACGACAUCAGUCGAAUCGGAAAUACUCAAGUACGAUCUCACCACCGGAUAUCAACCAACUGAAAGUCUUCCAGCAGUUCCUGAGACUGAGGACGAAGAUGCUGACGUCAGUGAAGAACAAGGUGACGCCGAGUUUUCCGAAGACGAUAAACCAUCGAAAAGUAAACAACAUGAUACCCAGCCGAAAGAGAAGGAGAACGGAAAGAUUGGUUUGGUGAGCUCUGAGGCGAAAACAGUAAAGGAAAGUCCUAAAGACGAGCAUGAAGACGAAGAUGACGAGGAGGAUGAAGACUACGAGACCACUACAGCUGCAGCAAGAAAGUCAGCAGAGGAAGAUGAGUCGCCCGAAAAAGAGGAAGCCAACGAGGAAGACGAAGAGGAGAGCAAGAAAGAUGAAAUCGCUGAGGUUGACGGGAGCCACGAUGACGACGGAAAUGCUGCUGACUCUGCUGAGAAGGAAAACACCGACUCAGCCGAGAAAGCUACC